UUGUUAUUUUUACAUAUUUAUACAUUUUAAUAAUCAUUUUAUUAAUAUGGAUAAUAUAUUCAUUUAAAUUAUUUUAAAUCAUCCUGCCACCCGCUUGCAAAUUUUCCGAGGGCCCCUGGUUGAGAAACACUUAAUUGUCUAAAGGGUGUUGAAUAGGUUUUAACAGAAAAGGUUUUAAUGGUUACUGGGUCACUGGAGUUGUGCAGCACAGUGUGAGCUUUUAUAUGCCAGUGUUUAUGGACAUGUUUCUAUGAAAAAUUAUAUUUAAAGUGAACAUAUUAAAAAGUCCCCUCAUGUUCACCUACAGGAAUUGUGAUAUUUUGAUAAUAGAAAAUGAUUCUAAUAUUUUUUUCAAAAAGUGCAAUGUUUAUUGUAAUAUAUAUAAAGAUAUGUGAAGGGGAGCUGAAAAUGUACUACGUAACAGGAAUGGGUCACUUAGAUUUAAAGAUUACAUUUUUUUAUUGUUGUUUAUUUUUUGCCAAACUUCAGAAAAUACUUACUUUAAAACAAGAAGAAGAAGAGGAAAGAAAUAAAAAAUAUAUAUAUAAUUUUAGAGACUACCCACCUGUUAAAAUCACACAUGAUUCUAGUAAUUCCAUUAUAAGCCAAUAGGACUUUUAUUUUGACUGAUGGCGUGUUAAGAGACCCUUCAUGUUUAUAUUUUCUGCACUGAUUCUUUUUUCAUUUUUCAUGUUCACGUCUGUUUUCUGUUACAUUUAUUAAAGCCUGCCAUACUGAUACAAUGACAACUGUAUUCGUAACUGUCGGAACGACAAGUUUUGAUGAUCUGAUUGGCUGUGACUUCAGAUGAAUCCGUGAAGGUGUACAGUGUAAGAUCAUCAAUCUUGAGUAUGUGGAGUGCUUCUGGCACCCAAACACAUCAACAAUGAACUAUACCUUCAGCAGUGCAUUUUAUAAGGAUCCCUCACAAGACUGUCCAGAAUACAUAAUGAAACACAAUUACACUGUAGGCUGCAGAAUUCCUCUCAGAGACCCAGAUCACAAGUUUAGAAUAUUUUAUACAAAUGUAUCUACUGAUGGAAACAACACUGUUUCAAAAACCUUUGAAUCCCUCCGCAGAAAUGUGCAGCUAAACCAACCCUAUAGCCUCUCAGUGAUGUGGAAUGAGCAGGACAGCACACUUUUAUUGCAGUGGAACAGUAGUUACCCCUACAAAGGAAACUGUGUAGUCUAUAUGGUGCGCAACCAGAAAGACCCAAGCCAGACCUUAAACGUGACAGGUACGUCAUACACUCUGUCUCAGGUCUCACAGAACAAGCCCUAUGUUUUCCAAGUGCGGAGCACAGUUGCUGACGACUGUGGUGGUUCAGAUUACUGGAGUGACUGGAGUGAUCCGGUGGAGUGGGGCAGUACAGGGAACAUCAGCAGACAAGACUGGUUGUAUGUUAUUGCGUCAGUCCUUCCGCUGUUUCUGCUUGGUUUAUUGUUGUGUUAUUGUGAGAGGAAAAACAUGUUUCUUCCGGUUGUGCCUGACCCUAGCAAAAACCUACAGGAUUUGUUUCAUAAACAUGAUGGAAAUGUUGAGAGCUGGGUUCACAUCUCCAGAGAGCUGAAGGAAGCUUUUGAGCCUGACUACACAGAGCCAUCCUGUGACGUGUGUGAGGUUAUGCCCUCUUGUGACGCCGGUCCUGCUUCUCAAACUGAUAACUGUGAUGAACCAAGCCCUGAAAAAGAGCAUGCAGAUGAACCAGGCAAUGAAGGAGAGUGUGCAGAUGAACCAAGCAAUGAAAAAGAGAAUGCAGAUGAACCAAGCACUAAAGGAGAGCGUGCAGAUGAACCAAGCAAUGAAAAAGAGCAUGGAGAUGAACCAAGCACUAAAGGAGAGCGUGCAGAUGAACCAAGCACUAAAGGAGAGCAUGCAGAUGAACCAAGCAAUGAAGGAGAGCGUGCAGAUGAACCAAGCACUGAAAAAGGGCAUGCAGAUGAACCAGGCACUGAAGGAGAGCAUGCAGAUGAACCAAGCACUGAUGAAGAGCCUGCAGGACAGCAGAGCUCAUAAGCCAAAGUGGCACUUAUCAUUCACAUGCACUGUCAGCUCAUUCUUACUGAACAUUUCAAUGUUUUCUUUUGCACGUUUAUUUUACCUCAUUCAUUUCUUAUUGUAUGCAGAGUUUAUGUAUAAGAAGGAUAAAAAUGUAAUUGUUGACAUUUCUCAAUAUACAGUGUACCCAAAAGUUUAGUAUUGUUAUGUCGACCAAGGCUGCUUUUAUUUGAACAGAAUACAGUAGAAAAUGGUAAUAUUAUAAAAUAUAAUAAAAAAAGUUUUUUUAAAUAAUAAAAUGUAAUUUAUUCCUGUGAUGCCAAAGCUGAAUUUUCUGCAUCAUUGUUCGGCUUAAUAUUUUUGUUGGAACCGUGAUACUUUUUUUUUUCAGGAUUUGUUUUUUGAUAAAUAGAAAGUUCAUUUAUUGGAGCAACAUUUAUAGGAAAUAGAAAUCUUCAGCCAUUGUAAAUGUCUUUACUGUAAGUUUUGAUCAAUUGAAUGUGUCCUUGCUGAAUAAACAUAUUAAAAAA